GGUAUUCCAGAAAGCUUGGUUAACUUACCAUUUGAUAAACUAUAACCUCUGGGUUGAUUUACCCCAAACAGGCAUACCAUGAGUAUGUCGGUUCCAAAACACCUGAGGAGAGUUAGUUUAAUCAACCUCUGACUGGUUACCCAGAGUUAAUGCGCGUGCACGGUGCAUGUAUAAAGACAUUUUCAAUGGAUCGCCGAUUUCACGAGUCACCAUGGAAACUCAAAGCGAAAAAAAGAGAGCGGCGUAUUUCACAGAGGCGGUGUUGGAAGUUUUAAUGCAUGCUUAUGAGGAGUUUAAGCCAAUAAUAUUAAAAAGAAGCAAUACAGCUGCAUCGGCUAAAGCAAGAGAGUUGGCUUGGCAAAAAAUAACGGACAGAGUAAAUGCGUGUAAUCCUUCUGGAGCCACAAGAACUUUAAGCCAAGUCAAAAUGAAACACAAAAACAUUCUGCAAAAAGCUAACAGAAAGAAGACUGAAGCCCGUCUAACUGGCGGGGGGCCACCACCACCUCCCCUCACCCCAUCUGAGGAGCUGGCUCUGUCCCUUAAUAAAGGGCGACCAGUGGUUGCUGGCAUUCCAGGGGACAGUUCAUCACACAUACUAUGCACCACAAGUGAUGGUGAAAAAAGGGUGAAAUAUACUGAUGGACAGAGUGUAUUAUUGGACUCUCCAGAAAGAACACAGUCUUUCACAGUUAAUGAAGAUGAUGACGAUGAAGAGACCACAUCUGCUGUGACAGAAGUGGACAAUGCUGGUAGAUCCACUGAGUACAUACCUAGGGAUUUGCCCACAGAUGAGGGUCCUUCAGCCUCAGCACACAAUCUAAGCAGGUUGCCAGCAAAGGAGCUGUAUAAGGUCCAUCUUCAAAAACAAAUAAGAAAAAGCGACAUGGACCUUAUACAGCUUCAAAUGGAAGAGAAAAGGCUCCUCAUUAAAAAAGCAGCACUUGAAAUAGAAUUACUUGAGAAUCGCCUUAAGGUGAGAACUUGGUCUGAAUAUUAAUCUGUUGCAUGUUAAAAGUGGUCUGUCUGUCCGUCUGUGUCUGUCUCUAUCUAUCUGUAUGUAUGUGUAAAGCAAUAUAUAUAAAAAAACAUUUUAAUGAAUCUUACUUUUAUUGUUUUUCAGGAAAUGAAGAAAUAAACUGCCUGGCAGACCAGUGCAAAAAAAACUAAUAAAAGUAAUUUUGACAAA